GACACCGGCGAAGGACCAUCAUCACAUCACCACCGUAUAACCACGGCUAUAUCGAAGCUACGAGUUUCGAUUAUUUUAUCGUUAUUAUCGUGGUUGGUGGCUGGUAACAGUAGGAUUGGAUUAUGACCUAAAUUUUUGUUUAGUUUUUUUUUGGUUUUUUGUUUACUCCCGUGUGUGUUAUGGCCUGCAGCAUCACACCCAUUCCGGGAGGAGCAGCCACAGCAGCUCCGAACGCGAUUCGUUAUCGUCACUAGUGCUGCGUCAAAGAUUCCUGUCGAGUAACAUCGAUUGCUCAAGUUUUUUUUUGGUGUGCAUUCGUGUGUGUCUGUGCGCGCGCAUUGUCAGCAACGGUGCAUGUGUUUUUUGUGUAUGUUUACGUUACGAAAUACAUAAGCAAAGAAACACGAGAUGUCUCGGUGUCUACGCUGCCGAGUGCUGCUGCUACCACUGCUGCUGCUGCUGCUGUUGCUGUUGCAUACUGCAGCCGGUCAAGCCGAGGCAGCCGACGACAACCAGCUGCAGAACGAUCCGCGUUACAGCAUAGAUCUCGAGCUUCAACAGCACAUAGACAAUCCCGACGACAAAUACAACAAAAACAACAAUAACAAUGGCAUACAACGCAGUCAUCACAGAUCACUGCCCGAAAGCAACGACGUUGUAAUGGUAACCUCUUCCGUCAACAACAACAGCAACAAUAAUAAUCAACGCGCCAACAACAAUAAGUGUCCCGAGGGCUUCUUUCGAUUGCGCCGCUUCUGCUACUACCUGAGCGCGGGCCUGGCCCAGUGGCGCGAGGCCUACUUCCAGUGCAAGGCGCGCAACGCCAGCCUGGCCAAGCUCGAUCUCAGGGUCAAGGACAGGCUGCUGCGCGAGUACCUCAUGGACGAGCGAUUCCGAAAAUUGGAGAGGUGGAUCGGCGGCUCGUACAAUUGGCGCAAGGAGAUCUGGGAGUGGGGCGUGUCCGGCGAGAGGAUGAGCAACUUUACGAAUUUCGUCAAGAGAUCAUCCGCCGAGUCGUCGACGACGGACGACCAAAAAAAUUUCACGUACUCGUGCGCCGUGCUCGAUCCGGCCCACGAGUACAAGUGGGACGCCCGACGCUGCUUCGAGCAAAAGUACUACAUAUGCGAGGUUGCGGCAGCGAAAACAGGCAAGAAGCGCAAAAGCGACGGUGAAGCACCGCAGAAUCAGAGAUUAAGGACACCCGGGAAGCGAGAGUACGACAAGGAGGAGCAAAAAGACGAGCCAGUGAAGGUGAUCAGAGGCAAAAAUAAGAACAACGUCAAAAAAUCGAAAUCCUCCGUCAGGAAGAAGAGCUGGCUCGCGCACGGCAGCAGCAGCAGCAGCAACGGCAUCGAAGACAAUCAGAUCUGGAUUCACGGAAUCAAGCUGGGCUCGCGACCACCGAAGGGGCGCGACUCGAAGAAGAUCCACAGCAAGAAGUCCAGCAGCAAGAAUCGCCACGGUCAUCAUCAUCAUCAUAACCAUCGCGCGAAAGCGACGGACGUGCAGCUGGAACUCACGAAGCCGGCCGAAUUCGAGGCGUUCACGGCCAACAACGACCGAGUCGGCAGGAGGAGAUUCGACGAGAAUCUGCAGAGAUUGAGCGGCAACGAGCCGAACGACGACGUGAAUCGACUGCUCGGCAACGAUUUCGUUCGCGAAGAGAUCCUACUCAAAAUUUGAGCUUCCGAUUCUAGUUGAAAGUUAUAACUGCAAACUAUUGUUUUUACUUGCAUAAUUGAAGAAAAGAAAAGAAGGAUAAUACUGCCCGGCUAACUUCGGUUCAUCAUAUAAUUUUACGCUUUACGUUUUGAAAUUUAAAUACUUAAUUGGAAAAUUGCCAUUAAACAGUGAAAUGUUAGAUAACAUAGCUUUUUUGAAAAAUUACGAACAAAAAUGUAUCGAAUGACUCAACGAAAAAUAAGAUUAGUAUAACUUUUAAAGUUUAAGGGAAUUUGUACCAUUCAUGCAAUAUGCCUACACUAAUUCUUAUUAUUUUCUGAAAAACGCUUUUAACUAAAAGUAAGUUUUAUACUUGCCAUGUAGAGAGCGAAAUGCGCUCUUCAAUAUUUAAGAUUAAAUAGUCUAAAUUUUAAGUUAUAAAUGCCAUUUUGAGCAUUCUACUUCAUAUCGAAGAACAAAAGCUUGGAUUAAGCAUUCAAAGAAAUGAGUAAUGUUGCAUUACAAUUUAACAUAUGUAAUAAUUAUACAAGUUUUAGCAUAUUGAUGUUACUAGCCAGUAUUUUAAUUUAUAGUUUUAAGCAUUCUUUAAAAUUUAUUCAAUAAAGAUAGAACACUUAGUCUAUACUUAUUUUAAAUAAUUUUGCUUUGCAAGCAAUUAUUGAACCUUACUUGGCUAAUAAGUAUUUUUG